ACCGGGCAUGCGCUUCCAGACCACCUUUUGCUAUACUCUUUGCAAGCCGGGCCCCGGCAUUUGACGUCUUCUAUGGUCAGAGAAAGCAUUUAUCGUCAUGUCUGAACUAAAUCUGCACAUAUGGCGCCUCGUUUUCCUUGCAAUUGAUACCCGUGAUGACUUGAAGAAUAUUUGUUUAAUCUCAAAAGCUUUCAAUGCAUUAUCUAUACCUAUCCUUUACAGAUCAAUCGUCCUGCGUGCUCCAACACCUCCCAAGAAGUUGAAGGGAGAAAUGGAUAGAUUUGACUAUGAUAAAGAAUGCACGCUCAUGGAAGAAAAUCAGGAACUGUCACCUUUUAGCCUUACCGGGCGUCUUCUUGAUGAUGCCAACGAGAAACUGCGAAAAUACGUACGCGAGGUGGUCUUAGAAAGAUCGAGAGUCUCGAGUCCCGACCACUUGCGCCAGUUCUUUGAGAAGCAUGGAGAACCAGAUACCGUUAUGGCCAAAUUGGUGGAGAUAUUGCCGAAUCUUCAAAAUCUUGUCCUCCAUGAGAGCGUUCCAUUAUCAGAGCCUCUUCAAGAUGCGUUAAGCAAUCACAAGAACGCACCGUCGGUCCAUUUGCUCAAUGAGAGAGGUUUCACUCUGCUUACGCGGAAAAUGCCUUUUGUACAAAGUCUGAGCACCAGCUUUCGAGUUCAUUCUUUCUCUCGCAAGCCUCAACUGCCACCAUCACUGGAUCUGAAUAGAUGCUUCAAGAUCUUCCCGAACUUGACGAGCCUAUCAAUCGAGGCUAACAGGGAACACGCUGGCCCUAUGCGAGGUCCUUUUUCGGUUACGGCCAGGAUUGAGCCACUCGAAUUAGCCGACAAGGAGACCUUUCCUCCGCUUGAGAAUCUUUCUCUGAGUGGCUACUUUCCAAUGGAGCAGGAAUGGAGGCACUGGAAGGAGAAAUUUUUGUGGUCUAAUCUAAAAUCGUUGUCCUUCGGAGAGAUACAUACUGAUGACUAUUUUGGGCCGAUUAUAGGCCAUGUGCACAACUUAAUUUCGUUUUCAAUAUCGGCCUGGUGCGGUCCCCCAUCUGAUACUCAUCCUGAUUUGGAUCGCUUUCUGGCUUCUUUUGACACAUUGGAAUGCUUGACCAUCAAAGGGUACUUUGUGUCCAUACAUACAGUGACUCGACAUUCAAACCUCCAAAGAUUCACUCAACAUACGGUUGAGAGUUCAGUGAGAGAACGACCGAUCCUAGAGGCGAGAGAUAUAAGCUACCUUGGUCAACAAUGCCCUCAACUUCAAUUCUUGGAAAUUGAUAUUUGUGGGAAGGAUGAAUGGCCGGGCGAUAUUAUCCAAGCCCUAGCUACGGGGUUCAAUAACCUUGACCAACUUCGACUACAUAUCGGACUAGACAUCUUUCAAAGAACCAACUGGACACCCUGGGGCAAGUUGGACCCAGUUCUCAAUUAUUUUACCGCCUACGAGUUUGGCCAGGCUUUCUUCCGUCAAAGAAAGCUCUCGGGCGCACCAAAGCUUGUCACCCUCAACACGGGCGAGUAUCUACGCCGUUACCCACGGUUAGCUGAACCAUUCUGUUUUGAGGAAAAACGAGCAUUUCGCCGAUUUCAAAUCUUGCCUCCUCAAACGCCAGGCGAUGGCCUUGGAAUCAGGGAACUAGGGGAUUUCGAAGACGACAGGUCCUGAUUAUGUCGAUGCCUCCAAAGGCCGUACGUGGAACAUCAGGAACAUUGUCAAUUUGUGAUUUACAAUGGGCUUUGGGUGUAGCGAGGCAAUGAGACUGUCCUUUGAAGAACCAUACCUAUUCG